UUUUUCUCCAACAUCGAAAUGUCUGCCAACCAAGCCCCGACGACUGUCGGCCUGAGACGGAGGGCAUGUGUCAAUUGCACCGCUGGCAAGUCGAAAUGUCUCCCAAUUUCUCCCACUGAGUGUGAGCGGUGCACGCGCCUCGGAAAGAGAUGUGUAUAUCAAAACGUUCUGAAUAAGAGAAAGAGCCCAUCUGGCACAUCUCGUGUCAAGUUACUGGAGCAAAGAAUCGAGUUCUUGUUGUCUCUGCUUAAUAACCAACUGCACAGCUCAUCGAGUGUAAUCCUCUCGCAGCUUCAACCUCAAGGAUUAUCCGGCCUUGCGGAUAUCACUAGCUCCGCUUUUCCAUUGGCUCCGCAGCACGGCAUAAUACACCUGGCACCCCGUGAUGUGAUAGAUCGGAACCUUGUCACUCUGGACCUGGCCCAGACCCUGUUUGACAAGUACCGUACUGAAGCUAUUUACCAUUUCCCUUUCGUUCUUCCCAACGCGGAAGCAGAUAUCAACUCGCUCAGAUCGAACACGCCCUUCUUGUUUCUCUGUAUCAUGGCGUCCAUGCUCUUUAAGGACUGUUCACUGCAGAGACAACUCGGCGAGGAAGUUCGUAUCCAGGCACACAGAAGGGUGCUCUUGGAGUCAGAGAGUAGCCUGGAGCUCUUACAAGGUCUCCUUGUCUAUCUGGCCUGGUAUCAAUACCACUUUCUACCAGAGACACAACAAAUUGUCCAGCUCGCACAGUUGUGUGUGGCACUUGUUCAUAAUCUCGGCCUGGAUCAAAACCCAGACAAUGGAAAACGGAAGGUUGACCUCGGCCCAGACGAGACAGAGUCUUGCAGAAGGUCUCCGCGCACGACUGAUCAACUACGAGCGCUGCUCGGAACAUUUUGCACAGCAUCUUGGAUUGCUACCAAGUUUAGAACUCGCUGCGCAAUGCCACAUACAAGAUACAUUGAACAGGCUCGCCAAUUCCUUGCUACCAGCCUGGAGUAUCCGACUGACCAUCUGAUAUCGUACUUUGUUCAGACUAAUGAGCUAUCCCGCCGCAUAUGCGAUAUAUUUGCAUAUGAUGAUUUGGACCACACGGAGAUCCGUGAUGAGUUCGUGAGCACCGUGACCGUGCAAGCCUUCAGCCGUGAGUUGAAUGGCUUGAAGAGGUCAUUGUUACCGGAACUCCAACAAAACCUCGCAUUACAAUUGGAGUUUCACCUCCUUGAGACGUUAAUUUCGGAGACUUCGCUUCAUCACGAUUUCUGGGAUAGCUCUCCAACUUCACUUGGCCAAAGGCAUAAUAUGUUCCGGAAAUUGUCACUCUCUUGUAAAUCACUCAUCGACAAAGUGAUCAAGUGCCCAGAGCAAGAAGUCUGGUAUCUCACCUUUUACACAUAUGCCAAGAUCUGUCGAGCCCUGUCUUGUCUUUCCAACUCGGCAAGUUUCCUGCUGGAGCCACAGAGCGGAGGCAAUGCCUUGAGAGACGACCAUGCAACUAACAUCGUCAUCCCGGCUGGUGAUUCUCUGGCUGUCGAGAGGGUGAUUCAUUUAUCAUCCCUUGGGAAGGAGCUGCAGCAAAAGUUUCAAGGGCUGACGGCCUUGAUAUCUUCCGCAGACGCUCAAAUGGAUUUGGUGACAAUGUUUUCGGGCAUGGUGGGUGCUGUGGUGGCCACGUACGAAGAAUAUUUAGGAGAGAAAUCCUCUGGCCUCCAUGAGGUACCAAGGUCCAUAAUAUACGAGGCCGGGAGUAAUAUGCAGUUGGGGGCAUCGAGCACAGAAGGUGUGACGUAUGACCUGAGUGCUUCCAUGCCACAGAGCCUUCAGACGCACGCAGAUAUUGCACCAGAUGUGUUUGGGGAUGUCGUUUGGAGCAUGCGAAGCGUAAACAUCAUCAACCGACUCAACAUGCCUCCUCCCCGUGGUACACCAAACCCCUUGGAGGGCCCUGCUGACUACGAUAUGACUUCUGUCGUACACUGUGACACUUACCCAGCCAUAGAUCCGACUAAAUCGGAUCUCCGUGGAAAGACAGUCUUAAUCACUGGAGCAUCAAGGGGCCUUGGCCAAGCCAUGGGCAUAUCCUUUGCAAAGGCUGGAGCCUCUCGUUUUGUCAUCGUUGCCAGAUCAGACAUGUCAACCACCAUUGAAGCAAUCAAAGCAACAUCCCUCAAGGUUGGGCACUCAGAGCCCGAAAUCCUGGCCAUCCAGGCUGAUUGCAGCAACCCAGAGAGCGUUGAAGCAUUGGCAAAUCAGGUCAAGCAGGCGUUCGGACAUCUAGACAUCGUGAUCAACAAUGCCGCCAUUCUCUCGAUGCAGCCAAUUCUGGAAUCUGACCCUACCGAGUGGAUGAAGGUGCUCACGGUGAACGUUUUUGGUCCGUAUCUUGUAGUGCGGGCCUUGCUUCCUCUGCUCCUCAAGGGCGAGUCCAAGACUAUCGUCAACGUCUGCAGUGUUGGGGCUCAUUGUGUGACUCCCACCAUUAGUGCUUACCAGAUAUCAAAGCUGGCCGUCUUACGACUAACAGAGUUCAUCUGUGCCGAGCAUGAGAAUGAUGGGAUUGUGGCCUACAGCAUCCAUCCCGGAAACGUCCCAACAACAAUGGGCAGUGUUGACGAUCUGCCUCCUUUGUACCGACCAGUCUUUGUCGAAACCCCGGAGCUCAGUGCGGAUUCGUUAGUUUUCCUCACGUCUCAAAGGCGAUCGUGGCUGGCAGGACGAUAUGUCAACCUUACUUGGGAUCUGCCGGAGCUGAUGGCCAAGCAAGAUGAAAUUGUUCGAGGUGACAAGUUGAAGGUUCGCCUGGCUGUUUAG